AUGGAUGGAUGAUGGAUGGAUGGAUGGAUGGAUGGAUGGAUGGAUGGAUGCAUAUCCAACAUCACUUCAUGCCAAAUAACUUUGGGUUGAGAUAAUUGACAAUCCUCAUCAUCCAACCAGUGAUGUCCGAUAAUACCUACUUUUAUCUGGUUUACUUUGAAAACAAAAGUAAAUUCUAAAAAUCAAACUGAAGUGAUAAAAAAGCAACGGAAGAAGCCGUCACUUCAGGGCCACCGUGGACGUUUCUAGUCAUGACGCUGUUCUUAUUUCAGAUUGUUUUGUUUUUGGCAUUUUUAACAGAAUGAAAACUGACCUAAACAUUUCCUAUACAAGAAGAAGAUAAUUACUUCCUCAUUAAAGCUAUUUUCUGUUAGUAUUUUUUAUUUUAUUUCAGCAUACCCCUGAAGAAACCACAGUGUCAAAUUUGGCUGCUUUAUUAUUGUUAUUAUUGAUAAUGUUUAUUCAUUUAUACCCGAAAUAAACAAACCAAAGUCUUAUUUGUUACAGGAAAUCAGGACGACCCAACUGCAGGAAAAAAGAGGCAAAGUGGAGUGAGGAGAAUAAUUUAAUUGAACAAAAGGCACCACUCCAACACAGCGACACGGGCCUUUAGCAAAGCCGAGAACAUUAAGAGCCAAACAGAAAACCACACUGCGACAGAGAGCACAGAACCAGGGGAGCUUCAAUAGAACACAACAAAUGAACUAAAGUGCAGGCAGCUGUGCGCCACUUCAGGUACUGACAGGUGAAGGGGGCGGAGCCCCCCAGGAGCCACAGCCAACCUGCGCAAGAAACAAAGGAGUGAGAAUAAAAAACUAAAGGAAACUGACAGACUGUGUCAUUAUUACCUUUAAAAACCCAGAAGAAAAGGAUUCUUGUGUUUUCUGGGGUUACUGUAAGCAUGUUCCUGGAUGUGGGACAACCUGACCUGCUGGCAGGCGGCUAACGUGGGCGAGGUCGUGGUGGUCAACUGUCCUGAAUUCAUUCACGACUACAUCGGCCCAGACGAAGAAAUGGGGAGGGUCAGCCGGAACUGCACCGAGUUUGGCUGGUCUGAGCCUUUCCCUCACUACGUGGACGUUUGUUUCCUCUAUGACAACACCACCAAACCUGACAUGUACUAUGCAUCGGUUAAAGCUCUGUACACGGUUGGAUACAGCACUUCUCUGGUCUCCCUGACCACAGCUAUGGCCAUUCUCUGCAGGUUCAGGAAGCUCCACUGCACCAGAAACUUCAUCCACAUGAAUCUCUUCGUGUCCUUCAUCCUGAGAGCCGUUUCGGUCUUCAUCAAGGACGGCGUGCUGUAUGCUCAGGAGGACAGCGACCACUGCUUCACGCACACGGUGGCAUGUAAAGCAGUAAUGUUUUUUUUUCAUUACUGCGUGAUGUCCAACUACUUCUGGCUGUUCAUCGAGGGUCUAUAUCUCUUCACGCUGCUGGUGGAAACCUUUUUUCCUGAGAGGCGCUACUUCUACUGGUACACGAUUGUAGGAUGGGGAACUCCCACUAUCUGUGUGACCGUGUGGGCGGUUCUGAGGCUUCACUUUCAUGACACCGGAUGUUGGGAUACAAAUGAGCACACUGCCCUCUGGUGGGUGAUCAAAGGACCUGUGGUAGCCUCCAUAAUGAUCAAUUUUGUCCUCUUCAUUGGAAUCAUCGUCAUCCUGGUGCAGAAGCUGCAGUCACCUGACAUCGGAGGAAACGAAUCCAGCAUUUACCUCAGCUGUGCUCAGAAAUGCUUCAGUGAGCCCACACAGGCUGUUCAGCAUUCGUGCAGGAUGUCAGAGUUAUCCAACAUCACACUGCGUCUCGCGCGUUCCACGCUGCUCCUAAUCCCGCUGUUCGGGAUUCACUACACCGUGUUCGCUUUCUCACCGGAGGACGUCAGCAAGAGGGAGCGGCUGGUCUUUGAGCUGGGGCUCGGCUCCUUCCAGGGUUUUGUGGUCGCUGUGCUCUACUGCUUCCUCAACGGAGAGGUCCAGUCGGAGAUCAAGAGGAAAUGGCGCAGCUGGACGGUGAACCGGUACUUUUCUGUGGACCUGAAGCAGCAGAGGCACCCCUCGUUGGCGAGCAGCGGCGUGAACGGCGGCACUCAGCUCUCCAUCCUCAGCAAGAGCAGCUCCCAGAUCCGCAUGUCCAGCCCGCUGGCGGAGAGCGCCAACAUCAGCCUCCCGACCUGAACGUCUGAUGGCCCCAGUCGACUCUAAGGUGCCGCUCCAGACCAACCAGGGCAGACCAAAGUGGCCCCGCCCACUGCGUUAUUUUAUACUUUAGUCUUUAAAAAAGUCAAGCAUUUUCCUAAAAGCUGCCGAGCUGGCUUUUUAUUUCAGACAAGAAUUAGAAAAGUUUAACUUUAAAUAGGUUUUUGGGUUAAAGAUGAAGCUUUAAAAGGUUCUAAUAAACCCCCUUUUGAAAAAGUUGAUGCCAUAAAUAACAUAAAAAUAGCUUAAGGAUAAAAAAUGGGGGCCAAAUUUGACUGUGGGUGUAAAGUAAAUGUGCUUAAAGUGCCAUACUUGUUUAAAAAAGAGAAAGAAAAGAAAAGUACCAGCCAAAUCGUCUUCGCCUUGCCUGUACAAAUGCGCAUUGUUUAAAUGUUUCAUCUUGAAGUUUUUUCUACUUUCAGCCUGAGUACAGAGUAUGUCAAAGUACAUUUAUACAUAUAAGGAAACAGAGCUCAUGGAUUGUGUAAAUAUUUUUGGUGUUUAGAUCAGUAAGUCUCUCUAACAUUGUAUUUCAAAAACUUUGGCCUUUUUAAAACAAAAGGAACUGGAGCCCAAAUCUGUAGACUUCAUUGUGUAUUCUGGGGGCCGACGCUUCGUUUGUUCUAUUAAUUCAAGAAAAACCCCAAAAAUCCCCCAAAUUUGAAAUGAUAUUUUGCCCAAACGACAGGAGUUGUCAAAUGCUGGUGAGGAAUUUUAAAACUGUGAAAACCUGUGCCAUUCACUGGGUGCUUCUCAUUUUCAUAGCUUCUCAUAGUACCGCACGUGCACACAGCGUGCACACAGCGUGGUGCACACACCGUGCACACACCGUGCACACACCGUGCACACACCGUGCACAUCUUGAGCUCCAGCCAGUCGUGCCGCAUGAAACAGCUCCUGGAGAUCCUCCAGCUCUCAUUCUCCAAAGUGCCUAGUCAGUCAUAAUUUAAAGAAAGAAGAAAAAAAGAAAACUGUUUCAUUUACAGAGUAUCAAAUCUGAGGUGUCUUUUCUUUCAUGCAAAGAAAACGUGUAUUUAAAAAAGAAAUUACAUAAGAUCAGCCUGGUGUUUUUUUUAUUUUUUUUUAUGAUGCACCAAUAAUGUGAAUGUUUUUGUUAAAUUGUGCCAUUUCUGUGCUGAUGAGCUGAAUCACAAAAGUGAAAAUGCAAAAAGAACUUUAUUCAGAUGUAAGGAAUUCAGCCCUACAUGCAUUCACGGCUUGGGAGCAGAAACGCUUUAAUUCUCCAGCUCUUGACAAUCGCAGAAAGCUUUUCUCAUCCUUCUUUGUGUACUUCAUGCAGAAACGGCUAACAUGUACAGAUGGAGACCGGAACGUGCUGGAUCACACGACGUAACGCCAAGUUAUCACGUUUAUUAUUUUUUGAAGCUGCUAUCAGCAAGGAAUGUAGGGAGGCAGGAGUUCUAAAAAGUGAAUUGUCUGAAAUCAAAUGACGAUUAUUUAUGUACUUUCUUUAAAUAUGCGCCCGUACAGAUUUUGUCUGUACAUCAGUGCUCUGUGGAUGAGUAUUACACUAAAUAAUGUUGAUGUUACAGAUGUUAGGGAAGACCUGGAAGGAAUAUGAGGCCAGAAGGGCUAUUUUGGGGGGAAAUUAGGGGAACCACAAGUGAAGGUUUUGACGAAAAAGCUAUUAAAAAAAAAAAACGUAUGUGAUUAAAAAAAACAUAGUUAUAAAGCUUGUGUGUUUCCUUAAAAAAAGAUGGCUCCAGGAUGUAUAAGAUGGAGACAAAAUGUGAAAAAUAGGAGUUAAAACUCUCCAGCAAUUCCUUUGAUCACCACAAGGUGGAAGCAAAGCUAAACUUAAAUUAUGAUUCUCUUUUUUAAUGCCAAAUAAUUAAAAAGUCAUACUGUUAUUUGUUUACAUUUUGCAUUGUGAAAAUCCCUAUUUGGUUAUUUAAAUGUGUUAUGUUGUUGAUAUUUCUGAACUUUUUACUCAUUAACCUAUAAUUUUAAGUCUUAAAUGCUGCUUUUAUUUAAGACCUUAAUAAAUAAACGUUUUAAACUUUAAUUGCACUUUUUAAGCACUUAAGUGAAAUAUUCACUGUAAAUUUGAGGUCAUUUUUCCUUCAGAUGUUGAUGUAAACAUGUAUUUCUCUUGAAUAGCUUUAAUAUAAACCACGAAAAGGGGGAAAAAAUAAAAAUAAAAUGUUAAAUUGGUCAACAUUUAAAAGAAAAACGUUUGCCAGAAAAAACGACUUUAAGUCCUCCUCUGGUUGUCUAAUGUAAUGUUUGCUGAUUGAUAUGAUACCAUAUUUCAUGAUUAUUCUGGGAUGUUGUAAUUCUACCAACGUCUUGAUCUUAUUUUGCACUUUCUUCAUUAUUCACAUCACAGAAAAGCCACUGUUUUCUGUUUGUUUUUCUGAAGCAUCAUAGCUCCAAUUUCCUGAGGUAAUACGAACAUUAUUGUUGUUGGAAAUGACUUAAAAGCAACUUAAUCUGCUAAAGCUGCCCUGAUUUUUGACUAAAUGGAAAUGUAACAUGGGUUAAAUUGAUCAAUAAAAACUAUAAAAUUGUUUUAAUAAUAACUAAAGUAAAAAAAAAAACUGGAACUCCCAACAAAAAUAACAGAAGACAUUUUUCCUUUGAUCAAAUUUUCUAAAAAGCAGAUGAUGAAAUGUCAUUACAGCGGCCUUUAAUGUCCUUUUUUGCUGUGUAAACAAAGAAAAUGCUUGUUGAUGAAUAUUGAUUAUCAAAGAGUCUAAAGACUUUUUUUUUUCUCAGUUUCCAAGUCGAUCAAGUUCAUCUACAUUGGAUUCACACUUAAGUGUUCAUAUCUGAAAUGCAGACGUGUGAAGGAACGGGUUAAAACAAACAUUUAUUGAUCAGUCAAUAACAAAUCCAUUCAUAGAUCGGGGAGGCUGUAAAUAGAGGUGGAUCUAAAGACGCCGUUGGUCCUGGCGGUGACUCGUGUUCCAUCAAUGAUGAGGAUGUUUGUGUGUUUCAGACGCACUUUUGACUCUCAUUUCAUAACCUUGCUUGAAAACAAACGCGCUGAUUCCACUACUUGGAGUAGCAACAUCCUGUACGGUCACUGGUGUGGUGUUUGGAUGAAACCGUUCAAUUCUGUCCAGCUGUGACUCCAGAACCGUCAGAACUUCUGUGCCGCAGACUCUCCGGCCCGCUUUUUUGGCUCUUGAGGCAUCUUGUGUGUGAGAGUUUUGCUGAUGAAUUCCUGAAUGUAAAAUUAUUGUAAUUUUGCUGCUCUUAAGUGUUGCCUGCUCUCACUAUGCCCUGGUGUACAAAUGAUGUCCUUUUCUUUAUCAUUGAUAUGAACAUAGUCUAUAUUUUUGGCAUAAAAGUUGGUCAAGACAAAUGAAGUUUGUGACAGUGUUUUUUGUACAUUUGUUAAUGUGCCAGUUUUCAGAGUGUGUGAGUGGAGUGAGUGCACUCUGUGUGCAUGUCAAUGUAAUACAGAGUGAAGGUAAUGUAUAAGUAUAUGCUCCAUCAGUGACGGUGCGUCGUGUGCUAGCAUCCUGAUGUCCAACAUCAUGUCUCUGUGAAUAAACUGACUGCAAAAUAAAGCUGUGCUACAAAAAGA